UGGUUUGUCUUUGGUCUGCUCCGCUCCGCGUGUGAAAUUUGAAAGUAAGGUUAAGUAAGUUGUUUUCUACUAAAGCAGUGCUAAUAAAGUGGAAUAAAUAUUGUUAAAAUGGGUGAGGAACAGAAAAGACGCCUGGAAAAUGAAUUUCAUCGUUUAUUAGAUGAUCUUGACAAAUCUCAUCUUCGUAAGCUACAAUAUGAUAUGCAUAUGUGUGCCGCAAAAUGUUGCCAAGCCAAGGAUGGAACAAUGGAACAGGUUCAUCAGUGUGUUAAAAAUUGUAAUUUACCAAUUGAUAAUGCUCAAAAUGUAGUUCAAAAUGAAAUAAGCAGUAUUCAAACUCGCCUUGAAAGAUGUGUUAUGCAGUGUAAUGACGAUGUGAGGGAUGAAAUGCCUCCAAAUCCUAAUCCUGCAGAAAUGACAAAGUAUAACCAAAAGUUCGAGUCUUGUGCUUCGAAAUGUUUUGAACAUGUUCUAAACAUGUUACCAAAACUAGCUAACAAAAUAACUCAGAAACUUGAAGAUGCAUAUUAGAAGGAAUUGUAAUAAUUAGUAGGUAGCCAAAACGUAUUUAAUAAUAGGCUACCUAGAUAGUAGCCAAAAAUGUAGUUCAAGAUCCCCAUAGUAAUCAGUACCGUUGAUUUUUGACAAGACUUUGUGUAUGUUUCAGGAAAACUAUACAGUGAAAUAAUCAGGUAAAAAACAAAUGCUAGAGAAAUACUAUUAUUAGGUUAGGCUAUUUAAAAGACUAUCAGCUCUGAUAGAGAUGUCUUUUAUAUCAGCAGUUUGACAUUGGAAAAUAAUCUUAAUUCAAACUGUUGUCUAUAACUUUCUCUGUGAUCUACUGGACUAAACAUCUAACCUACUACACGCAAGAAAACAAACAAAAAGUGUGUUCUCAUUUUUGGAAAUCUGAGAAAUUGUAACUUCUAAAUCAGUGACAGAAGAUGAAGUUCCAAAAACUAUGAAUAGGUACCCUAUUCUAAUAGACUGUAUGUAAAGACAAUUAAUAUUUUUAUCUGACUUACAACAUUAUACAGAAAAAGCAAUUUUACUUUCAAAUCACUAAUAGUUUUGCAUUUUCUCAAAAGGGGGCAUCGGAAAAAUUUGUCUUGAAUUUUUUUUAGUAGUUUAUUUAAAUCACUUUAAUAACUAAUAUUCAUCAAAACGUUUUGAUGAAUUUUGUAAAUUUAUUCAAUUCAAAUAAAUAUAUGUUGAUAAAUCAA